CCGACAUCGACAACAGAUACAACAAAAGAGCGUGGAGCUGCACACGAGGCAGAAACAUCAAACAUGAACCUACCGAGCACCUCCACGAGUCGUGCGAGAAGAGCACGCUGUGAGCUGCGCGGGGCAAUACAUGUCAUACGCGUCACCACAGCGAUACCGCCUGAGAUCGGCGCCGAUGACAUGCUAUCCUUCACUUCAGAAGACGAGUACAUAAAGCAGAGGCUACUGGACUUCUGCUGACAGCAUAAGGUAUCAUCGCUGGCGAGCUGACGGAAAUCAUGGCAGGAUACAUCAACAAUGUGGCAAUCAUCGGCGCCGGCUUGGGUGGCUGCGCACUUGGUCUCGCACUCUCGGCGAAGAAAGUCCCCGUCACCAUCUACGAAAGCCGGCCCCAGGUAUCAGGCCUCAUCCCGUCGGGCGUACUCCUGACUCCGAACGGCCUGCGUGUCCUCGAUCACCUGGGCGUAUUCGAGCGUAUAAGAGAUCGUUGCUACGUCCCGACAGCUCGCAUCUGCAAAAAUGACAAGGACGAGACUACCCAAAACAUCCCGGUGGGUGGUCCGGAGGAAAAUGGAGGAUAUCGCAAUCACCGCAUCUGGCGAGGUCUCCUGCUGGACGAGAUGAGACUGAUGUUGAAUGAGCGGGGAGUCGCAAUACACUACGACUCGAAAUUCGGCGGCAUUGUGUCCGAGUCCGAGCACAACGUGGAAUUCCUAAUCAAUGAGCAGAUGGUCGAGACCUCACUGUUGAUCGGGGCAGAUGGCAUCUACAGCACAGUUCGAAAGUGUCUCGCGCCUGGCAUCGAGCCCGAAUACGCUGGAAUAGUGGGUGUCCUCGCACAUAUCAACUGGAACUCUGUGGCAUGGCCAUAUCCAGAGUACGAACGUAACGCGACCCUUCAAGGUAAACCUGGUUCGCUCUUUUGGUUGGCCGAAGAUCCUAGAGAUGAGCCUGAACUUAUGGUUGCGGUACAAGUGCAAUGGCCAGAACAGUCGCGUAAAGAUUUGGAGGAGCUGCAAGCCAACAAAGACAAACUGGUCGAGUUCUUUCUGCGAGGCUACGAGGAGCAUGGUGCCACUGCUCGUAGCAUCCUCGAUGCCGUAGCAGCUAACCGGCAGAGUCUCUACAUCUGGCCGUUUAUGAAGAUGCCGAAGCUGCCACAGUGGUACUCCAACACCGGGCGCGUGAUCCUUUGCGGCGACAGUGCUCAUGCUGUACCCCCGAGCAGCGGGCAAGGCGUAAACCAGGCUCUCGAAGACGUGUACUCUCUCACUCUGCUGCUUACCUCGGUAGGCGAGUUCAGCAGCGUCUCCACAACCGAAGCUGCUCCUGGGAAACCCCAGCUCCUCAGUGCUCUCUCCUUCUGGCAAAAGACGCGUCAAGACAGAAUCGACGCGAUCAUGGACUGGACGACCAACACUAUCAAUGUCGAAAGAAUGCCGGAAGCGGAUCGUGAAAGGCGGCUAGCAGAGGGCAAGGUCACGGCAGGUCGUGGCUAUGACCUAGGCUGGCUGCAUGAGUACGAUUACGAUGCGGUUUUUGACCGAUGGCUAGGGGGCAAAGCUUUUGAUUCGUAAAUGGGUAUCAUAUCUCAUGGCGGGUCAGGCGUCCCUGAUCUGAGCGAGUGAAAGCCGCUGGAAAAGUAACAACAACGCCGAAAGCCUGUCUCGGCUGGUCCUGACUCAAAUCACGUCUUCACAGAAGACGUGUCUCCCGAACUACAACCCGUAAUCCCAUUGGACCGUAUCGUGAUCCAGAGGCUCGCCAAUUUGAUCAGCGAACUCGUCGUCGUAAUUCCCUGCAAUCUGUCAGCCAAAGACCUUUCUGCAAAGCGACACAUCACAUACCAGGACCCUUGUAGUUACAGACAGUAAAGUACGGCAGAACAUCGCCUCCGACAUUUUUGACGCCGCCCUGGGACGUACAGUCCGUCGUCCAGCAGCCGAUGGUAGUGGUGUCCUUCCACACGAUUUGCGUGAAGUGGCCCCAUUCGUGGAAGGAGUUCGUCAUCUCGUCUUCUGUUGGAUUCCUGCCGUAGGAUGGAUAGAGGCACUGCUCAUUAUUGUACCAGAGGCCAGUAAUGAUCUCGGUGAUUCUUUCUGGUUCGACUCCAGCAGCUAUGUUCUGGCCAUAGCCGCCGCCAUCGAAAUCCCUACGAGGUAUCGUCAGUCGACCGCUCAACCUGCACGCGAGUCGUUUCAGACAACUUACAUUUUAUGCUCGAAACUACACAUGUCGGCCCCCUUCUUAGCUGUGGCAGCGAGAUCAUCGUCCCACUCGACGGGGGGAGCUGAGUGAUUUGCUCGGUGGUAAUUGUGAUGCAGGACUGCUUUCUCAGCGUAGCUGAGUUGUCGCGGGACGACUGCUGGCCGCGCAGUCACUGCGAUGCUGAAUAUCGCAGCCACACCGAGAAAAUGCAUGUUUCUUGAGUUUGAGUUUGAGCUGGCGAGAAUGCCUGAAGAGAAGAAUGCAAAGCUCCGUGCCCCUAGUCAUCGGCACUUCAAUGUCGAUCUCGACAGUGUUCGACGUACCUUCACAAGAAACAACUGGGAAAAUGAUGAUGGGUCAAUGGACGUCUUAGGAUGUUCGAUUUAUGCUCAGGAGUGGUGUGAGGUACUUGUUUCAAUGGCACCAAGAAGUGCUUUGAGGAGUGUGGCUUACCUGGCCUGCAAUGUGGGUCAUUGGGUCAUGAAACGGGCGUUACGUGACCGGCAGGCACAUUGUUGCAUGCUUCGCGUGUUGGAAGGACCGCAGUCGAGGAGGGCCCUGCCGGAAACAUACUACUGCAGAGCGCCUACUCUUUCCACGUCAGGCCUGUCUCUUGCCAUCGACGGAGACUGGCGACUGGCAAAUCCUCACACUCGGUCGACGUGCAAUCACACCCAGCGACGUCCUGCUCAGCGCGACUGGAGAGAAGCCAUACCUAGCGACCGUUCUCGGCCGCGCUGGCAUUCGAAGCAGACAUUCUAUAGGGAGCGAUGGUUCCAAGGCACUACAGAAAUCCUCGAGCGCGCCUACACUUGUACACUGCGCCGCAGCGUGUACCGCUCGUCGGAUGGCAGCCUUCUGAUAGGACAGCGUCGAGCACAUCGUCUUCGGGACAACAUCGAUUACUUUCGACGACGUAGCUACCUCCACUCGGGCGCCUAACCCCAUACUAACGUAGCUGCAACAUGAAACGACCCCGUGGAAUUCGGGCAUGUAACAUCAUGCACAUUAUUCUUUACACGCGUAUGAUGAUAUGGGCGCGCCGAAACAUUUUUUUUCUUCAAAGCGGGGUCUACUAGUCACAGCCUGUCAGACUCUGCGAACGAGCAGAGGGACCUGCAUAAAAGCCAGGGUGGUCCCGAACGGUCAGCGGUCGUCUGCCCUAUGCUACUGCUGCGCUUGGCCAGGGGCGAUCCAGGUACCACCCGGUAACUGCGACGUGUGCUGACCGGUCUUGCUUUCUGACGCCUCGCUGGCCGACAACGUGUUCCAUUUCACUUCCUGAUUGAACCUGCCGCAAGUCAGCGGGCAGGCACAAGUGCGUCAGGAAACGGUGAAUUUCUUACCACAACCCUCUCCGAAGGCUGAGGCUGACUAACGAACACGGAUUUUCUGACGGCGGGUACAUAUGCUACGUGUUCGUCGUGUCGGACUGUCGGACUAUCUGACAUUAUUGCUUGCGUUCAGGUUGUGUUGCCGGUGGCGGAUGGUUCCGGUGCGAGUACGAGCUAGCAUCUACUGUACUGGAUGACGAAUGACGACGACUUGUGCCAUGUGUGAAGGAUCCCAGCAGCAGCGCAGUCGGCAGUGCUUUUGUCAUAAACAGUAGACCGACACUUUCUGACCGUGGCUCAACAAAAGUCUGUACCCGGACUUGCAAGAACUGGCGAUCUCGAUGUUGCUGGUGUUGGCUCGAUGACAGUUGCUUCAUUUGUCUAUCGGACCAUCGCAAGGUCCACGAACUUACAUACCGGCGGGCAACUUAGAUGACUCGGCCGCUUGGCCAUGAGUCCUUCGUGUCCAACUGUCCAUGGAUGACUACACCAUGCCACCAUCAUCAGCAUGGAUGCUCUCCCAGCCGGAAAGACGCCAACUUCCCCGGGGCAUGGCAUGGCACAUGCCGGGAUUUCGGCCAGACCUUGGGCUGCUGCUCAUUCGAUUUUGAGGCAUUGCGGAGCCAUCUUGGUCUCAACUCAACCGAGCACUGCUGGAGAGACUGUCUGACUUUGCCCUCACAUCCCGCCAACGACGAGGCUGUUGUGUGACUUGACAGGUACACUCGUGUGACGGAACACUGGACCUGCAGCUCUCGGCAUCGAGGGACAGCGCGCUCAUCUGCCAUGAGCCAGAAGGUAUACGCGAGGGUUCUACGCAGGAUCUAUCGCUUGCAUGAGCAAAGUUACCGCUGUGUGGUUCUGGAAAUGGCCGUCCGCCGCCUCGACGUCAAGUUCCGAAGAGACAAGCAUCAGAAGGUCUCUCUGGCAUGAAAUGCCACCAAGCGAUACUUUCCACUGCCAUGGAUGUCACCGGUAUCACUCACCUUUUGAUACCGCUGGUCAAGUAUUCUGUCCUGCGGUGGUGCUGGGCUCUCAAAAUCAAUUGACCACAGACCACUUCACGUCCAAGGAGGGUCAGUCUGAGCGAUAGUGCUUCACUGCAGAGAAUUGCGAUCAAAGUAUGGUUGCUCGAUCUCUGGCACAGCUCAGUGGUACUUAGUAGUUAUCAAUGGGCUGCCAGCAUUCCUUCGAGACUGUGUCGGGGAAGACAUACCAUUCUCGUGUGGUAAGGAGACUCGUUUGCGAGCACCUCCGUCCUAGAGCUAGUAGGUGUCGCACAUCGCACUAGCCGCUAGGCUCGUCGGUAGGCAUACAACAUAGCCAGCGACUCGGAUACGGCUGUAUCGCGACCAAGUUCAAUGGCAUCCAGGAAUUGGUCAUGAUGGUAAUGAUGGUUUGCCCAUAGAAAGGUCCAGACCUGCCAUACGACUAUCUCUGUACACUACGACCUGCCGCUCUCCACAAAUUACUGCAAAGCCACCACCCCCAAUAUGCCAUAGCCUUCCCCGCUGUCUCAACUUCACGCCUUACUGACGAACCCAGGUCCAUGAUUCCCCCUUCCCUCCCCAAUCACCACCUCCAACAGCAACCUCAACCCCUCCUCCGCAAAUUUCACCAUAUUCCCCACCCGAUCCCCGCCCAACCCGGUUUCCACCUCGCGCGUAAACACCCCCCUCUCACAAGCCACCGCCAACGCCACAUACCCGGGCGUCCGAUUGGGCGUAUUGCCCCCCGUUGGCCCUGCAGUUCCACUCUCCGAGAGCGUAUACGUACUCUCCAACUCCCCACGCACAUGUUUUGCCAGACCAGACACGAUAUCCGUCGUGGGACCUUUGUAAUUCGCAAUCGUUUCUUGCGUCCACCCAGCGUAACUGAUGCGCGAGGGAAGCGUGUAGAGCGUCAAACCGCCUUUGUAGAAUUUUGACGCGCCGGGAGUAGAGAGGAGAGAGGAACUGAUGAGGCCUCCGCAGGCGGUUUCGGCGAUGGAGACGGAUUCGUUGCGGGAUUUGAGGAGGUCGGAGAUUUGGGUGAGGAGGUCGUGGAGUUGGGCGGGUGGGAAGGAUUGGGUGAGUUUCUGUUCUUGUUGGGGAGGAGAGGGGUCGGUAGACGUGGAGGAUGACAUGUUUCUCUGUGUGUUGCGAUUGUCGUUGCUGUUGCUGUUGCUGGUGCGUUGUUGGGUGUGAAGUGGGAUUGAUCGGAUUCUAGGUGUUAGAUGAGGAGAAGAGGUGGAGGAGUAUGGUUGAAACCGAGAUAGAGAUGACGAGAUGGAAUGGCAAGUACGUGCGAUACUUGCGAAUGGCUUCAUAUACGGGUGAGAAAUACUGUUUCGCAGUGAUGCAGCGAUGUUGUUGCUAGGAGGUACUAUGAGCGUGGACUCGAGCGGGGAGCUCGUAGUGCAUGACGUGCAGGCGAGAUUGCACUGGCCGAAAUCGGAAGGCGGAGCGCGGAUACUUGCACAUGUGCAGACCGCAGCUGGAAGAUGAUGAGUGAGCAGUAGGUACAUUACCUAAUUUUCUCCCCAGAGCUACAUGUAUUGGUAUGCCUUUCACUUGACGAGAAGAACGCGUAGCAGUACGAUGCUACCAUGUCACCACACUUGCGAUUCCGCAGUGCGAGUCGGAGUCGUGAGUGGAAGAAGCGUCUCUUUAAAGAGUUGGUGAUUUUGAUGCCGUAUGAGCAAGAUCGCCAUCGCUAGAUUGGCCAUCUCAUCUACAUCAAAGUUCUCAGUGCUAUGCUCAGGAUUUCGUUUACCCAUCUGCUCUGCUGAAACGUCUCGAAAAAAUGCUUUCUGGGGUAUCAUUCAUCAUUCGUCAUCAAUCAACAACGUCAAAAAGCCAACUUCUCCAAGGCUUCACGAUAACGUUGGUUUGUUCCCCAUGUUGACAGGAGGUGGUCCACCUGUAUUAUCAGGAUAGGGCAGCCUCCUGCCGAACUCGCCCAUAUCCGUGAAAGUCAGUACUGGUGGGCCUCCAUAUCCGCCAGCCAGAGAUGGCGACUUAGGCGGGCUACUCCUCUCAGGGUAGGGCAGAGCCGCGCCACCAUUCACAGGUGUCUUGGGAGGUACGGGCGGCGGCGAAAAUAGUGGCGAGGGAUAAUUUGAGGGCGGACGUGCGAUGUCCUCGCUAUGUCGAGGAGAAUGGUCACUGAAGCGGAGGGAACCCGGACGGGCUUGUUCGAGUGACGACCUCACCGCGGAAAGCUGAGAUGAGCUGUAAGCCGACGAGCUAUAGAGCUGCUGUGUUGGUGUAGGGCUAUUGGUGUGUCGAUCAAAAGGGUCGCUCGUCAUCAUGUUGUACUUGUUGUCCAUGGGCCGUUGAACGAAGUGGGCGCUGUCUGCGUAUUGCUGUCCAGGACGAUAAUGGUCAUCGCCAGCGAGCUCGACUGCGAAUUUUUGCGGAGGUGGAACUGUAGCGAGUGGCUUCUCCCAUAGAUUCUGCGAUGCUAAUUUGGGCAUAUCAGCGCCGGUUGCCUUUCGUGCUUCUGCUCGGUCGUGUCUGAUCUUCGCAAAGUGAAUCUUAGCGAGUCGUGCGGCCGCACCACAACUGAUCGCUUCCACUUCUUUCUUCGAGAGGUACGAUCUGGUGCUUGUGCUGAUCUCUGCCAGCCGGGCCCACUCAUUCAAGCCAAACUCUCCCACACCAACUUCCACGUUCAGCCGGUAAUAGACUUCAGGGUUGACUCCUCUCGCUGCUAGAUGUUCUCGUAGCAUAAAUUCGUGUGCCCUCUCGCAGUUCUCGAGCUUUUGUAUCAUCUUCCUUCGUGCCUCUGCAAACUCGCCCAGACUGCCUCCGAGGAAGCCCUCCCACCACUCUUGCGAAUUGGCACCUGUCUGUGGAGGCCGCUUCCCAGUCCCUACACUGAUAAAGACACCCACUUCACGACCUGGCCACUCAUUUGACACGGCUUCGUCAAGCACCAGAGGUGCAGGAUUGUAUUUACCAGCGCCUUCGUCCAGGUACACUGAUUGACCGAUUUGAAUGGGCUUGAAUGCCAUUUGUGUCGCACAAGUCGCACGUCCAGCCUGCCAGAUAGCACAGUUGACAUCUGGCGCUGGCUCUUUCCUCGAGUCGUACGAUCUCAGCAAUACCGUGUGAUUUGUUCCUUUCAAGACCGCUGUCAUUGCUGUCUUUGUGCGGUUCUCCCGUGUAUCGUAUAGCAAGGCAUUCGGGUUCCCAGGCUUCACGGAGCCAAUGGAUACUCUAUUGCCCAAGCCGCUUUGCCCUAUCUGACUGUAAUGACUGCUUUGGCUCAUGGUCCGAUGUGGAAUGGGAGGGAUAUUCGACGGCCAGCCACGAACGCUGGUGGGAGUCAUAGGCGCAGCGUUCGCCAACGCAUCAUUCCCCUCAUCCUCGAAAAUAGUGUGUUCCUUGACGGUCUCGCGGAUCGCCUCCUCCAGCAUGCUCGCUUUGAACAUGGUGCUUUUCCAGGGCAUACCGAAUACCGUCUUGUCUGUCUGGAACACCUUUCUCGUCAUACGCACGUAGACGUCCUUGCAAGUGUCCAGGUCCAGGCGCAGUCUCCCCAGCAUAAUAGCAAUCAGGCCGCCUGUGCCUGUGCCUACAAUCAGGUCGAAGUGCUCGCAUGGCUUCGGGAUUUCGUGUCUCUUGGGCGCUCUGCCCUCCAUCUCCACAAACGUCCGAUGCAUCAAGUCUUGCAGCAGGAUGAGCAUGCUGUACCCUCUGAUGCCUCCUCCAUCGAGCGAGAGGAUGCGCAACGGCGGUCCUUUGGUGGUGUCUUUGCGCCUGACUCGCACCAUCUCGUCCAUGCCCGCAGCGCUUUCGCGGCGCGACGGCCGCAAUAUGAUUCGGACUCAGUCUUAGGAAGGAGACGUGUCUCGUCGCUUGCCGCCGUCUCCUAUCGGAAGGAUCUGGCUCGCCAAGGGAGCGCGAGGGCAGGUGCUUAGUCCGGCAAAUUCGGCGCUCUAGAACUAGGUGAAACUGCCGUACUCGAGGAAGGUGGAUUGCUAGCCGACUGAGAUUCUCUGGGCGCCCAGGUGGACUGUCUCUGACUACCUAGGUAGUCGGUACAGAUGAAGUGCGGAGAGAGGGUGAGGGUGAGGGUGAGGGUGAGGACGAGGGCAAGAGAGCGGCUAUCGUUAUUGUCGCGAAGAGCAGAGGUCACUGUGCACUACUGUGUGCAGCGCGUGGCUGAGCUCGUUAAAGUGAAUCGUUCUAUGAUUCCCUGGAAAGUCCUAUUAGUGGCAGCCUGCACUGCACUGCAGUCAUUCCCGAUUCCCACUCUGACACCAAAUUCGCACCACUUUCGUUUCACUACAGGUCGGAACGCCUCUUUCCGGGGCUUCCCCAAGAGACCACCAUCGAGAUGGGACCAUU